UAUCUAUUAUCUAUAGCGUGCUGAUAAGACUGAUAAUAAGGCAUACACCUUGUUUGGUUUACUUCUCACUUAGAACGGUACUGGAUUUCGUAUGGAAUCAACAUGACUCGGGAUCGAUUGCCUGACUUGUGUGCAGCACGUAAGCACAGCGCUUCAUUUGGAACCGGAUUUCUCCAAGAUGUGCACAUACAAAUAUCUCAAAAUAAAAAGCUAAACAAAGUUUUGGAGGAAGUAGAGGAAACCCGUAUGUUGAUCCAACUAAUUGCAGACAAUUCAAAUGUUAUCAAGGAAUUGCAUAAUGACGUUCUUUCCUAUAAUAAUCGAGAAAUUCAGGUUGAACUGGAUACUCGGACGCAAGUCAUCUCGGAGACGGCAACUCGCGUUCAGAAGAAACUGAAAGACAUGGAAAAGGAAAUUACGCUGGUGGAAGAUUUGUCGGUUGAAACGGCGAAGGAAGGACCGAUACACAUGAGAAUAAAAAUAUUACAGUAUUCGACGAUGUCGCGAUUAUUUGGGGAAGUUAUGAGGGAAUACAACGAAUCUUUGCUAAGAUAUCAGGAGAAAUAUACAUCACUACUGUAUCAACAGAAAUUGCUGACGCAGAAGCAGUGUACCAACGAAGAAUUUCAGGAGAUGCUCGACAGUAAGGAAACUGAUUUAUUUGUGGACAAUAUUUUACAGGACACAAGUGCCGUGCGGCAGCAGUUGUCGGAUCUACAGACGAGGCACGAAGAGUUUCUUAAAAUUGAAAAAUCGAUUGUUGAAGUUCGGGAUAUGUUCGUAGAGAUGGCAUUUCUAGUCGAAAAACAAAGCGAAAGAUUAAACUGUGUUGAAUACUUCGCCGGAAUAGCGACAGACAACGUUGAUAAUGGCCGUUUUGAUCUGAGCAAGGCGGAAAAAAAAGGUCACAAGUACAAAAAGAGGAAAAUCAAGAUCCUAAUAGUUAUAAGUCUUAUUGUACUCGUACUAAUACUUAUAGCCAUUUUCUUCUAAUGUUGGUAAAAAACAUGGACCAGCAAAUUUAAUUAAGAGAGUUGUGGAUCAGUUGUGAUAAGCUUCGAUAUUUUGGCCUAAUCAUCUGCUGCAAUUACGCUUCAAUCGUGAAUUUCGUUAUAACCAUCGGUUAAUUGUCGUUAAAUUUAGUACUUUGUUUGACUUUAAGUGCCGUUCACGGUCAAAGUAACAAAAGCAAAUAUUAUGUAAUUAAUGAAGUUGAAUGAUUAUUCAAACGGUUGAAUUACGAUGUGUCAAAAGAACAGCAUUCGUCUCGUUAUUUCGCACCCUUAGUUUCAGAUCUGGUCAAUAAAAAGAAUUCGUACUAAAGCACUGGAUUUGUAAAUAAAAAACUCCCCUCUACCAGAAGUAAUUGUCCUCUGCUUUGAUACGAAC